AUGGAAUUGACAAGUAUUGGUCUGGGUGUAUUAUUAACAUAUUGGAAUAAAAAUUUUAUGAAUUCAUUUCAAAACUUCGAUCAAUCUGCCUUUCGUCGUUCUCUAUUACACUUCACUUUCAUUGCUAUCCCAAUUAUAAUCUUAUCAGUUUACAAAGAUUAUCUAAUGCAAGUUUUCCAACUUCGUUGGCGGCGUUGGUUAACGAACGAUUUUCUCAAUGAGUAUUUAACUAAGCAUGCUUAUUAUCAUAUGUCAUUGUUAAAAGAUGAUGAUGAAACAACAAAUGAUGGAAAAGAUAAUCCUGAUCAAAGAAUAUCGGUUGAUAUUGACUUAUAUAUUGAAGCUAUUUAUGCAUUAGCAAUGGGUCUGCUGAAUUCAUUUGUUUCGUUAGUAUCCUAUAUUGCUGUGCUCUGGUCUCUAUCGGGUGUGAUAAAGAUAGGAAUUGCUGGAAAGUUUUCGCUCGAAAUAAAAGGCUCUAUGGUUUGGUCUGCUCUUAUUUACGCCGGAUUAGGUACUUUUAUUACUCAUGUAAUUGGUCGAUCUCUCUUUCACUUGAAAUAUCAGCAAGAACAAUGUGAAGCAAAUUUUCGAUAUGGACUUGUUCGUCUUCGAGAUCAUACAGAAUCUAUCGCUUUCUACCAAGGCGAAUUAAAUGAAAAGACAUCACUGGAAUCAUUAUUCGAUAAAAUAAUUUCUAAUUUUCAUCAACUUAUUCGUCGAUUAUUUAUUCUCAAUUGGUUUACUUGGUUCUAUAAAAUAUUAACAAUUGUGUUUCCAUUUCUCAUUGCUGCUCCACGAUAUUUUUCACGUGAAAUUACACUCGGUGAUCUGAUACAAAUAGCAUUGGUCUUUAAAAAUGUAUAUGAAUCACUUUCAUUUAUACCGAGGUCCUACCAAAUGAUUGUACGAUGGCGAUCAGCUACAAAACGAUUAAUUGAAUUUCAAUAUGUUUUACAAAAAUUACAUAUGGCUAAGCAAAAAUCUGAAAUUCAGAUUCUUUAUUUACCAAACGAACGAUCGUUGCGAAUUCAAGAGUUAAUUGUUCGAUUACCACAGAAAAUCGGUGAAGAUCAAGGUCGACUUCUCAUUAAUAGUGUCAAUUUAGUGCUUGAACCUUAUCAAGUUAUACUUAUUACAGGUAAAAGAAACGGAUGCAAUUUACUUAAGUUUCACAGUUGA